AUACACACAUACAACCACACACACAUACACACACACAUCCAUACACAUGCAGAAGUCCAUACAACUCGAACGAAGGCAGUCAGCUUUUAAAGAAAAUUCCAAAAUUGGUUGCUUCAUGGCCUUCAAAACGAACCAAAUCGGCAUCGUCAUAGACAGCCUAAUAGCCGACUUAGUUGGCAACGUUAUCGAGCAGAGUCUAUCGGCUAAAUCGGAAUCCAAAGCAGGACCAUGCCAAAGGCUCUUCGAUGCCUUGGGUCUAAUGCCUUGCACAUUGGAGGAAGAGGCUGAGGACGAGAACGAGGAUAAAGAAGAGGGUGCAAAUGCUGAGAUUAUCAGGCAACUGACCGACAAGGUCAUCGAUGAUGCAAUGUUCUCAGCAGCAACUCCUCGCAAUCCUCCCUCAGCAGACGAUCAAAGACAACUGUGGCACAGUUGGCUGGGUCCUGCUUUGACUGCGGAUAGGCCUGAAGAUGAGUUUGACAUAUACGCCAAGACCGUACCGUUAUUGGGAAAGUUUAGGAGUACCGCCUGUCAAACGGAACAGCCCCGUCUCACCCGUAAGCGAAAUCACUGUGUGGUAACACCCGGAGAUCGUGCCCUUAGCGAUCUGGCGCCGUGCGAACUCAGCCGUCAGACGGUCUUCAUUGAUGCACUCACCGUGCCGACGCCCAAUUUGCCACAUCGGCCGCCAUUGGGUGAUCGGUUCUGCUAUAUGUUGACCGAUUUUGCUUCGGCACUGUACUGCAGUCUGGCCAUUAUGUGUUGCUGUACGCCGAGUAUGUUUCGAUAAAUGCCAUUUUCAAUAAAAUACUGUUUAUUAAGAUUUAA